GUAGAAGAUAUUCUUAAAUGGGGUGUUCCAAACCACAUCGAUAUGAUUGCUCUUUCGUUUGUUCGCAAAGGUUCAGAUCUUGUUAACGUCCGGAAAGUACUUGGAUCACAUUCUAAAAGUAUCAUGUUGAUGUCUAAGGUUGAGAACCAAGAAGGAGUGCUGAAUUUUGAUGAGAUCUUGCGUGAAACCGAUGCAUUCAUGGUUGCUCGUGGUGAUCUUGGGAUGGAGAUUCCAAUCGAGAAGAUCUUCUUGGCUCAAAAGAUGAUGAUCUACAAGUGUAACCUAGCGGGUAAACCAGUGGUCACAGCCACUCAAAUGCUCGAGUCUAUGAUCAAAUCACCACGACCUACACGAGCUGAAGCCACUGAUGUAGCAAACGCGGUUCUCGAUGGCACUGACUGUGUGAUGCUCAGCGGAGAAAGUGCUGCAGGAGCUUACCCUGAGAUAGCAGUGAAAACAAUGGCUAAAAUCUGCAUCGAGGCAGAAUCAUCGCUUGACUACAACACAAUCUUCAAGGAGAUGAUUAGAGCAACUCCACUUCCAAUGAGCACACUUGAGAGUCUUGCAUCAUCAGCUGUACGAACUGCAAACAAAGCCAAAGCCAAACUCAUUAUCGUGUUGACCCGAGGAGGUACAACGGCUAAACUGGUGGCUAAGUACAGACCAGCUGUUCCAAUCUUAUCAGUGGUUGUUCCAGUUUUCACCAGCGAUACCUUUAACUGGAGUUGCAGCGAUGAGUCACCAGCGAGGCAUAGUUUGAUAUAUAGAGGUCUGAUUCCGGUUUUGGCUGAAGGAUCUGCAAAAGCAACUGAUAGUGAAUCUACAGAGGAGAUUAUUGAGUCAGCUUUGAAGUCAGCGACCGAGAAAGGACUGUGUAACCAUGGUGAUGCUGUGGUGGCUCUGCACCGUAUUGGAGCUGCUUCGGUUAUCAAGAUCUGUGUGGUGAAGUGAUAUCUUGAAUUUUAUUUUUGGUUAGUGUUGCUUGAUGAAAUAAAGAACAGGGAAUAGGUUCCUGAAAAGUGUUUUCAUUUCUGCUCUUUCCUUUGCUGUUUUAGCUUAUAAGAUUAUGAAUUCAUGUACUUAUGACUCUUGCUCUUAUUAAUCAUAGUUUAAGUUAGCCAA